AAUAUUCUAAAUUGAAUGGUAUAUAAUUAGUUAGUCUGAAAUGUAUGAAAGAACGAAAACUUGUUUGGUCGCAUAGCAAUUGCCGGUAAAACUGAAAAACAAAUUCUUUUUUACCUGCCAUAAUGGUGAAAUGACCAACAAAUUUUAUGCCAACUUCUUGUUCAGAAUCAAGCAAUAAGAAUUCCCCAUCUUCUAUUUAUUUCCAUUUUCCAUUGACAUCUUUUUCCAAUUUUUAUUCCUUUUCGGAUAGUCGCUUGGGAUUAUUUCCAGUUCAUCGCCUUCUUCUUUGUCGACAUUCUUGAAGAAGAAGGUUUCAGCCACAAUGAAUGACCCUAAACCCAUUGUUAAUAUAAGUGCAGAAUGUUUCGAUUACGUUCGAGUUUUCUCCAGUGGCAUGUGGAAUGAGAAAAAGGGAGAAACUAUUCUCCAACAUUCCUUUGUUCGUUUCCAACUUCAAUUAAUUACUAUGGUCUUCAUUUCCCAUUUCUUUUAUGUCUUCUUAAGACGUUUUCAUUUACCUCGACUUACUUCAGAUGUUUUGGCAGGUAUUCUCUUGGGACCAACAUUUUUUGAAAGAUGCUUUCCUGAUGCUUCAGAAAUAUUGUUUCCUCCAUUUCCUAGUCAAGUGUUUGGUUCAUUAUUAAAGAUUGGAUAUAUUUUGUUCACAUUCCUAGCAGGAGUGAGGGUGGAUCUGAAUUUGGUAAGAAGAUCAGGGAAAAGAAUUGUUAUAUUGGCAUUUCUUAUAUUUGUAUUCCCUUACUUAAUGUCGCAAAACCUGGAUAUAAAGUUUGAUCCAAAAGUACCAAUGGGUCCUCCAGCGAUUGGUGCAAGAUUGAAUAACGCUGAUCUCUAUUUUGGUGCAUUUACAACGAGCCAAUUUGUGGAUGCCAGUGCUAUUCUGAUGCAACUUAAGAUAAGUAAUUCUCGUAUAGGUCAUAUUACAUUGGCAACGACAUUGUUAAGUGAUUUGACAAGGUACGUUUACCAUAAUAUUGUGGCUGCAACUUUGAAUAGAUUACUAUUUGCAUCAUCAGUAAGGGUUGGGAUUCUGUUCUUUAUUCAUCUGAUGUUGUAUACGGGAUUUAUACUGAUCGUGGUGCGGCGAGCAAUUUUCUGGUUCAUUAGAACAACUCCAGAAGGGAAACCCAUAAGAGAUAUAUACAUGAUUAGUAUUAUCGCAGUAGUGUUAGUUUUAUCAUUGAUCGGUGAUGGUUUAGGGAUGGAUCUUCUUUUGGGUCCUUUGGUAGUGGGCUUGAUAAUCCCAGCAGGGUCUCCUUUAGCAAUAACUAUUACCUCAAAGUUUGAAACCAUCGUCUUAGGUUUGCUGGUCCCGUUAUUGUCUACAUACUGUGCCACCAAGUUCGAUUUGUGGGAAUUCUUUGCCCAUUUUGAUGAUGCUCUCAAUUUUCAAAUUUCUUUAAUUGGGUACUGGAUUAAGGUGCUAGCAACUUUUAUCUUCUUACUGGCUCUCAAGAUUAACCUCAAAGAAGCUGUUACUCUUGCACUGCUCUUGAACAGCAAAGGACCUCGUGAGAUGGGAACAUUCUUUUUAUUCUCUAGCCUCGAGUUAAGGGAUUUGGACAGUGCAAGUGGAAUUUUCUUAGUAUUCUUGGUAACAUCAUAUGCACCACCCUUGAUCAGACUGCUCUAUGAUCCAAGAAAGCAUUACAUAGGCUAUAGGAAAAAAUGCAUCCAAUAUACUUCAAAUGACGCAAAGCUGGAGAUAUUAGUCUGUGCAAACAAACAGGAGGAUGCCUUGUCUACAAUCAGAUUGUUAGAACUUUCCAAUCCUAGCAAAGAAAGUCCAAUGACAAUUUAUGGACUUUGCUUGGACGAACUUCUUGGCAGUGACACACCUUACAUAAUCAAUCAUCAAUUAGGCCAAAGGAAAUCUGCUUCUAGAGGAUCUCGAUCGCAACCCAUCAUCGAUAUUUUCAAAUACUUCAUGUUAGAGCAUCAAAAGGUUGCUCAAGUAGAAGUAUUCACUGCAGUAUCGCCUCUGAAGUCGAUGCACGAAGACAUUUGUUGGCAGGCGUUCGACAAGACGUGUUCUUUCAUAGUACUCCCGUUUCAUCAGAAAUGGAACAGCAAAGGGAAAAUAGUUUCAAACAGCAAUGAAUUGCGAAACCUGAACAUCAAUGUGUUGGAAAGGGCACCCUGUUCUGUAGGAAUCCUAAUUGAUCGUAGCAGAAGCCAGGGUAUAUCGUCUAUAUUCGCUCCAUCGGCAACCUAUCGUGUUGUUGCAUUGUUUAUAGGAGGUCAAGAUGAUAGAGAAGCAUUGGCUUAUGCAUUAAGAAUGGCAGGUAGUCGGAAAGUUCUACUCACAGUAUUGUGUUUUAUCACACCUGACGAUACCAACACCGGCAAUACUUGGGAAGAUAUGCUUGAUCAUGAAGCUUUACGAAAACUGAAACAGGAAAUGUCAAUGAUUCAUAGUAAUAUUAAUUAUAUAGAAGAGACAGUAAGAGAUGGGUCUGAUACAGCAUCUAUAGUCCGAUCAGCGCAGGAAAAUUAUGAUCUUAUAUUAGUAGGGCGUCGACAUGAUAGUCAACCUGAAGCAGUAUCAGGAUUAUCACAAUGGACGGAAUUCCCAGAACUAGGAGCCAUAGGUGAUCAACUUGCUACUUCAGAAAUUGCUACUUCGAUUUCGGUCUUAGUUGUUCAACAACAAAUCUUGAAAGCAAGUCAUAGCAGUAUUUUGAACUAGUGAUUGCAAUGUCAAGGAAACCACUCUACUCAAUAAACCACAAUUGUAUUUCUUUUCUUUUUUUUUCCUUUUCUUUUUGGAUGGAUAAAGCACAAUUGUAUUUCCAUGUUUCAUUAAGAGGAACUUUAAGAUAAUUUCUUGUAAAGAAUUUCAUAAGCUUUUAUUACUUUUUUCUUUUCCUUUAUAUAUGACUUGGUCAUUUAACUCGCUAAUAGUUUUAUUUUAUUUAUAAAAUUUAUUUUAUUUUAUUUCAACUAUUCAAUUUUGAUAUUGCUUACGAUUUAAUCACCUCAUCAUUAAAGAAUUCUCUUACUUACUGUUUUUUCUUUUGAAUUUUUUUAGUUAAGAUUUCAAAAGAUAUAUAUUUAUUAUUUUAAAAUAAAAAUUUAUAAAAUUCUAUUUCUAGGAUAGUUUGAGAAAAAUUUCUCACCUCAAAAUAAUUUUUGAUAAUGUGGAAAGGAGUGAAGAUUUUUUU